AACUUAUUGACAGUUGAGUUUUUAAGUCUGGAGUUGGGUAGCUUGAAUAGUCGGAUCUACUACAGUAUUCAACGUUCCCAACAUUGAUUCAAAUAGAGGAUCAGUAACUUCCAUAGUUUUUGUCAGUUUAUCUAAGGAUAUAAUAUAAAAUUAGGAGAAAAUACUAAAAAUGUCAGAACAAAAUAUUGAGCCCUCCAAAAUUAAUGAAGAGGAGAACAAUUACUCUACACCAGCUAAUGAUCUUAAAAAUAUGCAAGAAGUAACACAAUAUGUUCAAUCGCUAUUGCAAAAUAUGCAAGACAAAUUCCAAAGUAUGUCAGAUCAAAUUAUUAACAGAAUAGAUGAGAUGGGAUCAAGAGUAGAUGAACUGGAGAAAAAUGUCACAGAUCUUAUGACACAAGCUGGUGUAGAAAAUGAAAAGUAGUGUUAAGCUUAAAUGUAGCUGGACUAUCACUAUAGAUUAUAAUCACCGAUAAAUAAUUUUGUGCCGAAUAAUAAAUAUGAAAGCAAUUUAUUUAUUACCAAGUCAUUUUGUAAUUAAUAAUUGGUAAAUAAAUUUAAACAUUAGCAUUUCAUUUUCAUAUUGGUUUGUUUCAUAAACAUCCAGUUGUUUGUAAUAAAUUGAAACCAAUAACAAGUGUAAAGAUGAGAAUAUUAAGUAAGUUUUAUAAGUAUUUUAUUAAAUGUAAAGUUAAAAUGGUGCAAAGAAAUAGAUUAAUAAUUAUUAAUUUUUAUCAUGAUAGUUGAAUAACACUGUAUGCCUUAAAUUGUAAUCAAACCGAGGUUAUCAUAAAUAUUGUUUUGAUCUAAAUAUUUUAACAUUUUGUAUAAUAUCUGUCUGUGGUUUAAAUAGUAAUAUAAUCAAACAUUUAUGUUUUUAACAAUUUUAACACAUUCUGGUAUAGCAGAGAUCUAUAGAUAUAAUGUAAAACUUAGCCAUUGUAUCUAGUGUGAUGUCCUUGAAAUUGUUAAUAAUGUUUUGAAUAUGUUUCAAUAGGACGAUAAAUACCUUUAAAAGAUUCCAAAAACAAUAAUUUUAUAAGUAACAUCAAUGUUUGUUUUGAAGUAUAACCAAAGUAAAACAUAAUUUCAGAUCUUCAUUAAGAUUGAGCUUUAAAAUUGAUCGAAGCUUGUGUCAUACACUGACUGGUACCAAAAGUUACUACAAUUUAAAAUCAAUAUGUCGUUCAAGCUUGUGACAGUCACUGUUAUAUUGAUCUGAAUGACUGACUGUAUUAGCAUGCUAAAUUAUUAGGAAAUAGGAAGUACAAAAAGCAAUCGAUUUUUAUAUUGUCGUUGGUUACCAAAACUAAUAAUAAUAAUUUAAAUAAAUCACUUUUGCACUGUUGUGGUAA